AUGGGCCUCCAUGACAAUGAGUCUCCGGGUCCGUUCACUGUGUUUCCAAGCUGUGGCGAAGACUUUGCCCAGCAGGCUAUGGAUGCUCCCUGGAUUCCGAUGAGCGAAGAAGAGGACCAACGACCCGUGGCCAGCGAGCCCCUGCAGGAGCGCAGUUUUGAUGAUCAGGAACCAGUUCAAGCUGUGAAAGAAGCAGUAUUGGUGGAUGAAUGCCCAGAAGGUGCAGUCCCUGUUGAGGCUCCUGUGGCCUUCGAGGAUUUGACCAGUGAGUUUACCGAGAUUGAGGAAACUGUUUGCUCGACCGCUUUCUUUUGGAUGUCAUUCUGUUUUGUUUUUUGUGUAGGAAGUAAAGGAUGA